UGGACGAUGAUGUCAGGCUGAUUCCGGGCACACAAUCCGUAGAAAAUAGCCCAACAAGUGCCUCCAGACAUGCUGUUUCACAUCAAUCAUCAUCGAAUAGCUUAGUACAGACUGUGUAUACUGUCUACACAAGAAGAUGGUACAUGCUUUUGACGCUAUGCCUGCUGAAUGCAUCAAACGCGAUGCUUUGGAUUUCCUUCUCCCCAAUCGCUAAUAUCACUGCUGAAUUCUAUGGCGUAGAUACCAUGGCAGUUAACUGGUUGUCACUGGUCUUUCUUGUUGCCUCCAUUCCUUGUGGGUUCUUCGCCACAUGGUUACUGGAUUCCCUCGGACUUCGGACAGGACUCAUCACUGGAGCCUGGAUCAACUUGAUCGGCUCCGUCCUGCGACUGGUCAGUGGAUUGAAUGUUCCUGAAGCAGCUGCAUAUCCACUGGUCAUCAUUGGUCAGACCAUUGCAGCUUGUGCCCAGCCGUUCCUACUCUUCGCUCCGACAAAACUGGCUGCACUUUGGUUUGAGGAGAAUCACAGAGCCACUGCUAAUAUGAUAGCAUCUAUGUCCAAUCCACUGGGUAUACUUCUUGCCAAUAUCCUUUCUCCCGUGAUAGUCAACUCAAAAGCUGACUUCCCUCUUAUGUUGGAAAUCUAUACUGCUCCUGCUAUUCUCACGACACUCAUGGCUACCUUUGGAAUAUGGAGUGCCCUUCCACCCACACCACCGACGGCAAGUGCUGCUGAACAACAUGAAAGCUUCUUUGAAGGUUUACGAGAUAUACUCCGAAACAAAGCCUACUGGGUCUUGUUCUUUGCAUUUGGUACUGGAGUGGCCCUCUUCAAUACUUUGUCAUCCCUGCUGGAACAGGUAUUCUGUGCAAGAGGCUAUAGUGAUGACUUUGCUGGGAUAUGUGGUGCCUUGUUGAUAGGAUGCGGUGUGAUAGGUGCAGGUGUUGCUGGUGUUAUAGUUGACAAAACGAAAAAGUUUGAAGAAGUGGCAAAGUUAUGUUAUGUGAUGGCUGCUCUUUCACUUAUAUUCUUCACAUUGAUAUCCAUGCACAGAGAUCAACCAGCUCUUGUUGCCUUAUCUCUUGCCCUCUUUGGCUUCUUUGGCUUUGCCUUGUAUCCUGUAUGCCUGGAACUGGGAGUAGAAUGCACAUUCCCAGUGGCUGAGGGCACCAGUGCUGGCUUCCUCAUGAUAUCUGGGCAAAUCAUUGGUGUGGUGUUCAUUAUGAUUAUGCAGGUGAUCGCACAGCCCCUGUCAGCCGAAAAUAUGCCGUACCAGGUCUGCACUGGCAACCAAACUCUUGGUGAUACAAACAUUACACCCCUUGAUUACACAAUUCCGGACCUUGUGUUGAGCGGAGCUGCAUCAUUGGCUGCAUGUGUUCUUUUACUGGCAUUUUGGUGUCCUUACAAAAGACUUCGGAGAGAGACACAAUCCGUUGCAAAUCCCAUUCUCAACUUUAGUGGAAGUGCAGCAGGAGGCAGCAGUAAUAGCCAAGUGAAUACACAACUUCAAUAAACCUUGGCUAGGGGAAUUGCCGUCUGUUUUGAAAUAAGUUGAAUUUACUCCAGUAGGCCUAUUUCACAAUUAGACCAUUGUUAUCUGUUAGUGGUAACAGACUGGUGUGACAUGUCAUCAUUAUGUAUGAGAGGAGGGACACACCUGGCUUUUGGUCUGGAUCAAAACCUAGACUGGCUUUUUGGGGGUGCAACAGAAAUUUUUGUUCAGGUUCAGGUGUUCAGGUAAUUUGGCGGCAGAUGCCGUUGUGUCAUUUGUUCGCAUUCUUGUCCUGCAGAUCAGCUUCUGAUAAUGUUGAUGAAAAGCAAAUUUAGACAGGAUGAAAUUAUAAUCAUGUUUUUAUUUAUUGGGUGAUGUGUAUAUUGUACAAACGCCAAUCAUAGCUUGUGAAGUCUCUUUACCAAACGUCACUCCCAUGAGAAUUACAUGUCUUGGGUUUUGCCACUAUAGUUUUUGUAGAUUCCAUCCAUUGUGGUUAUAGUUCACGCAAGAAGUUCUAUUUCAGGUCAUUGUUAAGGUAUUUGAGUCUAAAAGUGAAGCUAAAGUUGGCAUGCUGGCUGAAUUUCAGAGAGGUAUCGCGCACUCCUGAAAACAACACAGCAUUGGUUCUUGAAUAAAUUGAUUUUGUCCAUUCAUGCACUCCUACUUAAUGGAAUGGUUUUGUAAUGAUCCAAAGUCUUUCAACACUGUAAAAGUUAUCUUUUUUAGAGGAUACUGGUAUGUCUUACCUGUGAAGAAUCAAUUCCCGAACUUUAUGUGAAUCAGCCAGGCCUUCCAACUUGCUGAGCUGGCCUGUCCUUGGAAAGGAGAAUGUUUUUCGAUAAUGUUAGAAAAACUGUGUCAUUGAAGUUUUCUUGUGAUGAAUACAUUUUUUAAGGUCUCUAAAAGUCUAUCCUGCUCUAUCCAAGGCAGGAUGCUCAGCAAGUGGGAAGGCCUGCCUAGGAUCAACCAUGCCUAAGGUUCUCAGUCAGUUUGAAAAGUGAUUCUCCAGGUUGGUCUCACAAAUCCGAAAUACGGGUUUGAUAUGAAUUAAUCUCCUUUUUUUUGUUGAAUUUGAUUGCGAAUGCCUAAAGCUUGGUAAUCAGUUAAUGUUAGCUCAGGAUGUUAUUGGGGUGACCCAGAUUUGUUUAUAAAAUGCUGCCUGUAGUGUAGUAUUUAUGUCUUGUGUAAACAAUGGGCUUUUUUGAACAAAAUGAAUGUGAGUGGUUCUGUACCAUAUAUCUAAAGACUGAAGCUACUUUUAUAAUUCUCCUAUGUAUAUUUUAUGUACAAAAAUAAAAUUAUUUAAUUUAAA